AUGAACUUGGAGGGUGUUGGUGAUAUUGUUAGGUGUCGUGCUUUCUCAGUAACCCUGGCAGGUCCAGCGAUAUGGUGGUUUAACGCGCUCCCGCAAGAAUCCAUGACGGCUUUCGUGGACAUCUCACAAAAGUUCUUAGCGCAGUUCACCACGCAGAUAGCCAAAGUCAAGCACCUGAUCAACUUGUUAUGGGUCAUGCAGCGUGCUGGCGACCCGAUGAGGAAGUUCCUUGAUCGGUUCAAUGAUGAAUGUCUAGAGAUUGAUGGCUUAACAGACUCAGCGGCGAGCCUGUGCCUAACAAACGGCCUGUUGAAUGAGGAUUUUAGGAAACACCUCACUACUAAACCUAUUUGGACCAUGCAGGAAAUCCAGAAUGUGGCGAGGGAGUAUAUCAAUGAUGUAGAAGUUAGUCAAGUGGUGGCCACCAAUAAGCGGCAGCCACCCAACCCGCCAGCUCAUCAAGCCGGGUACGUGGAAAAGCCAAAGGAUGUGCCAAAGGAGGGAACGUCUACGAAGCCAUUCAAACCAUUUCCCCGGGUAGGCAAGUUUACUAACUACACCCCUCUCACGGCACCUAUUGUGAAAGUUUACCAACAAAUCGCAGAUAAAGACAUACUUUUGAAACCUCGACAGCUAGAGGAUAGGACAAGUGAAAAUAAAAGCCUGUACUGUGACUAUCAGAAGGGUUUUGGCCACAAAACCCAGGAUUGCUUUGAUCUGAAGGACGCUUUGGAGUAG